UAACAUUUAGUGUCGCGCUUUGAACAAUGAUGUUUUUACACUGUGCAUUUCUCUGGAUAUUAUUUGCCGUAGUAGAUUCCCACUCGCCACUGACGGAAAAGAAGGCAGAAGAUGGCAUUAGUGUAAGAUCCUCAUGCGAAUCAAAUGAAAUUGUCAUUAACAAUCUGCAGAACCAGAUAAAUCAAGAAACAUUGAUGAGGCUAUCAUUACUUAAACAAGUGUAUUCAUUGAUCAACGACAUGAUUAACGUGAAAAAUGAAAUGGCAGCCAUGAAAAACAACGCAGAAGAAGUAAGAAAAAGUACCGAUGAUCUUCGGCAUGAAGAUAAAAAAAUGUUAAAUGAAAUAGAAAAGAUGAAACAUGACCACAACGAUACAUCUGAAAGGAUAAUGAACGUGCAGCAUGAGCAUGAUAAAAUGUUGAGUGAGAUAGAACAGAAAAUGAAAAUUAACCAAAACGAAACAUCGGAAACGAUAGGGAACGUGCAGCAUGAAUAUAAAACAAUGUUUAGUGAAAUAGAACAGAAGAUGAAAUACAACCAUAACGCCACAUCUGAAAGAAUAGCAAACGUACAGAAUGACCUACUCAACGUCAAUAAUUCUGUAGGUUUUCUUCGUAAUUUUACCGAUAAAGUCUAUGCUAAGUACGGUAUCCAAGAAAAUAAAAUGAGAGAUUUAUCAACCGUGCAGGAAAAAAUCCAGUCUACACUGGGUGAGCUGCGCAAUGAAGAUCAAAGAAUACUCUCUGAAACACAACGCAUCAUAGCGAACCGUAGUGAAAAUACAUUUGAAAAAAUUUUGAAGAUGAGGGAAGAUUUAGAGCGAAAUAUCACAUAUAUGGUCAACAACAUGACUGGCCCUUUGGAAAGGCAAGAUUGCUUAGAAUCAAGCCACUGUUGGUUGCUGUAUAAUUUUUCGUAUGAUGCUAGCUGGAAUGGAUGUGAAGGCGGGUCCCAGUACGUAACGAAAACAAACUAUUCUUCUGCCCCUUAUCUUGGUGUGAUGACAUGCAAUUCGACAAGAUACAAGCUAUUUCUGAGCAAAACAGCUACCGGCAUAUACUAUAACAUUGCGGAUAAUAGUGGCAACGGGCAGGAUCACUGUGAACUUUUGGGGUCUGCCCAGGAAGGCGUAUUGCCUGGAGAUUACUGGAGAGCACCAAACACACAAGGUUUCUAUCGACACAGAAGGGGACAACAAUUCUCGUUCGGAAAAAUAGGAAGUACACCAACAUCGACCCCAAGACUUCUCGAAAAAUGGAUAGAGUGUGGUGUCAGCCUACCCGGGAGUGACAGGGUCAUCCGAAUGUAG